GUGAACGAAGGCUUCCAGAUUCACCCAUUGAAUCUUCGGAAUGAACCCCAGCUGGCCGUAGCACCGCCGGCUAGCAUUAUGCUUAAAGAUAAAAACAUAUCAAAGUUACAGACGCUUUGUUGAAUCCUGCCUCCAUCUUUGUAUCACUAGCAAGUACUAUAGAUUGCCAUUAUGCGUCUUAUCAUCCGCGACGACCCUGCCACUGUCGGCGACUAUGUGGCCAACUACAUUGCCAAACGCAUUAAUGAAUUUGCACCGACCGCUGGCAAACCUUUCGUGCUAGGACUCCCAACUGGCUCCUCUCCUAUCCCAACUUACAAAGCUCUCAUCAACAAAGUCAAGGAAGGUAGCCUAUCGUUCAAGCACGUUGUCACUUUCAACAUGGACGAGUAUGUCGGCCUUCCUCGCGACCACUCAGAGUCCUAUCACACAUUCAUGUUCCGCGAGUUUUUCUCCCAUAUCGAUAUUCCUCCUUCCCAAGUGAAUUUACUAGAUGGGAACGCUGAAGACUUGGUCGCGGAAUGCAACGCAUACGAGUCCCGCAUCAAGCAGUAUGGUGGUAUCGAGCUCUUCCUGGGUGGUAUCGGCGAGGAUGGUCAUAUCGCAUUUAACGAACCCGGCUCGUCCCUCGCCUCCCGGACUCGCAUCAAGACACUCGCUUACGACACCAUCCUCGCCAACGCCCGAUUCUUCAACAACAACAUUGCUGCUGUCCCCCGUAUGGCCCUUACAGUCGGUGUUGCCACAGUACUUGAAGCCAGGGAAGUCGUGGUUGUGGUCACGGGCCAGAGGAAGAGCUUGGCUCUUAGUAAGGCUAUUGAGGACGGCGUAAACCACCUUUGGACUCUUUCUGCGCUGCAGCUCCACCCUUGGGCAUUGAUUGUAGUCGAUGAGGAUGCUACAGCUGAGCUGCAUGUCAAAACAGUCAAAUAUUUCAAGUCAAUUGAACGCGUGCAAGACGAGGUGGAGCAACGGCAGGCAGAGCUGAAGGCCAGAGGUCGGACAGAGCAUCAGGGGCAGGUUGGUAGUAUGGAGUGAUGUUGUCUGUCCAUACUGUGAAUUAUCGUAACGACGCUCGGCCGCGCCAGUCCCCGAUACAUUUGUAUUUGUAUAGAAUUUCGUGCAAAUUUUGACCAUGAAAUAUCAAACCAAA